AUGAAAGUUGUCCACUUGUUUAUUAUUGCGCAUUUAUGUGCUAUGGGAGUUUUCUGUCAAGGAAAACAAUCAAUCUGCGCUGACAUAGUCUUUGCUCUAGAGACAUCGUGUAGCGUCGACGACGAAACUAAAGCCCUCGCCAAAGUUUUCAUCUACGAUUUUGUGACAAGGUUUGAUUCUGUAAAACAACAAAAUGUGAGUAAUGUUGCCACCCAGUUUGGGUUGUUAGCGUACGAUGCCACAUCACGCAUUGUGUUUACAUUCAGUGACGCUCUAUCCAAACUAGAAAUUCUGCAAAAGAUCGAAAUGUUUAAGAUGGAAACAACAGAUUGCAAAACUCUGACUCAUAAUGCCAUUAACAUGGCACGAUAUGAUUUCUUUGAGACAGCAUUUAACGACAGACGCACUCCCGAUGUGCUCGUUGUUUUAACAGAUGGACGAACACAACCUCAGAAAUAUAUCCCAGAAACUACGGACGCUAUCCAAAAAUUGCGGGAAGCAGUACGGACUAUCGUUAUUGAGUUACCAAACAAGAAGGGGCGUGAAAUGUUACCAGACACUAUUGAACAACUAAAUACACUGGCUGAAGCUAAAGAUCGGUUUAAACUUGAUAAUAACUCCGACAUAGAAGAUAUUGCGACUGGGGUUUUUGAUCAUUUGUUAGAAAAAAGCGAAUAUGUUUGCCCGCCAGCUGAUCCAGUGCAUCCAUGUCACGAGAAGUGCCAGUAUACAGCUCCACCCCCAAAGACAGCACAGCCAGGACUUGGGCGGUUUAGCCGAGUCAAUGUAAUGCUUGAUUGCACGUAUGAAGAGAAUUGUGAUAUCCAGUUCCUAAAAGACUUUGCAGCUGAACUUGAUCGACAACCUAAAUGCAAAAUGUAUUACCCUUUAAAGGCAGUUGCAGAGAAUCGUCUUUAUGUUAUCUACGGAUGUGAAAGUGCAGGGUAUCUACAGAAGGCUCUCUUGACAAAGGAUUCGCGGUUCAAAUGUCAAGUACAACCAAUUAUGGACUAUCAUGACUUUGCGAUACUUACUCUUGGUCUCAAUGUGUCGCAAGAAAUGACAGAUGCUAUUAUGCCAAGAGCUUCACUAAAGUGCGAACAUCUGAUAGCUGUAUUUCGCGAGAUUGAAUACCCGCCAGGAAAGACCUUUGAGGAAAUUAUGACUGCCUGGAAGGAACAUGCGCGGGUGCAAUUUUCGUUAAAAGGCACACCUGGAGAAGAAAAUGCAGAAGUGUUUCAUUAUGUAGGCGAGAGAAGGGAAGUGAUAUUUCAUGUAUGGGACAGUCCAGAAGAAUUGGAUAGCAUGGUAGUUGGUGGCAACGGUGGCCAGGAUUGGGUACUUCAUAGGAGAGUAACGUCCGGGUUGACGCAUCGGACAAAAUCGAUGAUUCACUUAGACUGCAUAUGCAACGUAUGA